GUUUGGCUCUCAGUUCUAGCUGCGGCAUUCACGGCAUCACAUCACAUCACAGCACAGCUCAAAACAAAACGCGACGCGCUUUGACUUCGACUCCGAUUCCGAUUGUGAUUGCGAUUUCGCGAGUUUCGCGGCAGCAUUUAUUCAAUGUGCAGAAAAUCAUAUAAAAAUCCAACAAUAACAGAGAGCUAACAAAAAAAAACGAGUAAAAAUAUUUACCUCGCUUAAUUGCGCCUUGCAACAUGGAAUUGAAGACAAUGCCACAGUCGAAUGGGGCCAAUGGCACCGCCAACAACACCGCUAACAGCAACAGCAACAGCAACAGCAACAGCAACAACAACUCGAGCAAAACAGACCCACACGAAAAGGAAGCACAAAAUGGGGACCAGGAACGAACGAAUUGGUCAAAUGGAUUGGAGUUUUUAAUGUCGUGCAUUUCGGUUUCGGUGGGAUUGGGAAAUGUUUGGAGAUUUCCAUUCACCGCUUAUGAGAACGGAGGCGGCGCCUUUCUGAUACCCUACAUCAUUGUGCUCUUUCUGAUCGGUAAACCCAUGUACUAUCUGGAGAUGAUCAUCGGUCAGUUUACGAGUCAGGGCACCGUGAAGAUCUGGUCAAUUUGUCCCUCGUUUCUGGGCGUUGGUUAUGGCCAAGCCUUUGCCACGAUCUGCAUCAUCACCUACUAUUCAUCGCUGCUCGCUUUGACUCUCUACUACUUGUUCGUCUCGUUCCAAGCCGAGUUGCCUUGGUCCUAUUGUCGCGAGGAUUGGCUCAAUUGCGUCAACUCUCGACCGGAUCAGGAUACUCGCUCCUCCUUGUGGAGCAAUGUCAGCGAUCUGCUGACGAAGGAUAAUUCUACCACGUCGCAAUUGCAAAGCAGUUCCGAAUUAUACUUUCUCAAAGAGGUGAUCAAGGAGAAAUCGGAUAUUUCGGAUGGCAUUGGUGAACCAGACUGGAAGCUAACGAUCGCGUUGUUCGUCUCGUGGAUCGUCAUCUUCCUGGUGAUCAUGCGGGGCGUGAAGAGCUCCGGGAAAGCAGCCUAUUUCCUAGCCCUUUUCCCCUAUGUGGUGCUGUUCGCUCUCCUGGGCAGAGCUGUGACUCUUGAGGGUGCUGUCGAUGGCAUCAUCUUCUUCCUGAAACCUCAGUGGGAUGAGCUUUUGAACCCGACGGUGUGGAAGGAGGCGGUUGUUCAGUGUUUCUUCUCGCUGGCCGUUGGCUGUGGCCCCAUCAUCAUGUUUGCCUCCUACAAUCGAUUCAAUCACAGCAUUUACAGAGAUGCCAUGAUUGUCACCACGCUGGAUACGUUGACGAGUCUAUUAGGUGGCAUCACCAUCUUUGCCAUCUUGGGCAACUUGGCUCAUAAUCUGCAGAUCGAGAAUAUUCGGGAUGUGGUGCGCAGCGGGACCGGAUUGGCCUUCAUUUCGUAUCCGGAUGCGAUAUCCAAAUUCCAGGCUGUUCCCCAACUCUUUUCGGUACUCUUCUUUUUCAUGCUCUUCGUUCUGGGCAUCGGAUCAAUUGUCGCACUCCAGAGCACCAUUGUGACCAUCAUCUGCGAUCAGUUCAAGACGUGGAAGUACUGGAAGGUCGCUCUAACUACAUCCAUCUGCGGUUUUCUCAUGGGUCUCGUUUACGUCACUCCGGGAGGUCAGUGGAUCCUCACGCUUGUGGACUUUUAUGGCGGCACCUAUGUCGUCUUUAUAUUGGCCAUUUUCGAACUCGCUGGCAUUGUGUGGAUUUAUGGUCUGCAAAACCUCUGCGAUGACAUUGAGUUCAUGUGCAAUAAGAAAGUGUCGUUCUACUGGCGUAUUUGUUGGUUCUUCUUCACGCCCGUCAUGAUGAUUGUGAUCUUCAUCUACUCGAUGGUUACGAUACAGCCGAUCAAGUACAGUGAAUCAUACUUUCCGCUCUCGGGAGACAUUGCUGGCUGGAUACUCUUCGCUGUGGGAGCAGCGCAAUUUCCCCUCUGGGGCUGGUGGUACAUCAGUCAUCACAUGGAAGGCGGCUUUGUCAAGUCUUUCAUUGCUUCUCUCCGACCGAGUGAAAAGUGGGGACCAGCUAAUCCAGAGAUUCGACGGGAUUGGCUGCUCUUCAAGAGCGAAUUAAAGGCGAAACGCGCCGCUCAAGCGGAAUCGAAUAAGUUGGGUUUCUUUCGUCAGAAGCUGCGCAAUUUGUUUGGCUAGUCAUCUCGACUGAGAUUAAUUCAUAUUGUAUUAUGUUAUGUAUAUUGUAUAUUGUAUAUGUUAUGUAUUUGUAUUUUAUGCCUAGUGAUAAUCAUAAUCAUUACAAAUGCCGCCUCAGCCUCUAUGAAGCCGAUGCCGAUGCAAUUCGAACCCACCCAAUACAAAUUUCUUUUUUUUUUUACCCUUCACUUAAAUACGUUUUUUUUUAUCUAUGUAAAUAUUGUAGUUUUAACUUACGUGCAAAUUCCAUUGAUGCGUCCAAAUAAAUUAUUAACUAUUAAUUAAGUGUAAGUGAAAUUCAAAUUUCUGUAAAAAGAAACAAAAUGUUCUUCAAUAAACUG